CUCAUUAAGGUAAAUUCUUGAAGCCAUAUUCUCAUUAUUGUUGUUUUGAUCCCUUUGAAUCUGGUGGUGUGGAAUGGGUAUGGCAGUUCUUAGGUCUGCAUUUUUCUGGGUUUGAACUAGUAGCUCGAUAGGUUCGAUGAAGGUUCGAUAGAAGCUCGAUUGAUCUAUGACAAUAUAUGAAACUAGCUCGAUAGGCUCGAUAGUAGGCUCGAUAGGGUAGUUUGAACGGUUCGAUUGUGGAUCGAUAGGAGCUCGAUGGAUAUGUGGUAUUAGAUAAAAAGGGCUCGAUAGGUUCGAUAGUAGGCUCGAUGGAUUUGUGGUAUUAGAUUACAAGGGCUCAAUAGGUUUGAUAAUGGUUCGAUAUUAGACUUGAUUGUAGCUUGAUGGUUAUUUAUGUAGACAGAUUUUACUUAGCUCGAUAGGCUCGACACUAGCUCGAUAGUCUAUAUAGAUUUAGGUUGUUGAUAUUGCUCGAUAGGCUCGAUAGUUUCUUGAUAGUUGCUUGAUAGGGUAUGUUGCAGCUCGAUUAUAGCUCGAUGACAACUUAUUUCAGCUUUUUGAUGAAUUUUUUUUGAAUUUUUUUUAUUAUGUUUAACAUUUUGUUUUUUUACCAAUUUUUUUUCAUGUGUUGUUGCAGAUGCCUAAGUUGCUUGUUCCGUUCAGUGAUCACUUUCCUGGUCGAGUGACAUAUCGGGAUAGUAGCACUUUAAAUCACAUUAAGUCUAGGUUUGUGGAGCUCGGGCUGCUUGAAAGGGCUAAUGAAUCCCGUUUCAAGCAGUUCUUUUUGGCUUCGGAGUUUAAUUUCUCUGAAGUCUUGGUGCAUCAACUGCUGUUGAGGAAAAUCGCCAGCAACAAUGAAGAUGAGGUGCAUUUCUUCUUGGGGUCGAAGUUUUGUAGAUUCGGUAUGGGAGAGUUUGCCCUAGUGACGGGGUUGAAUUUCAGUACCUUCCCGUCACUGGAAGAGUUGGAAGAGCGUAAUCUCAGCGACCGGUUGAUAAAGGAGUAUUUCAAUGAUGCUGAGAAAGUAAAGCUCUCACAGGUGGACCAUGCUUUCAAGACUUGUACUGUUGUGGAAGAUGUGUACAAGCUUGGUCUAUGUUUGUUGGUUGAGGGGGUUCUGAAUGCCAUUGAUGGCAAGUUGCACAUAUGGCGAGAUAUUCUGAAAAUUGUUGAGGACGUAGAGUACUUUUUCAGUUAUCCAUGGGGGAAGUACUCUUAUAGGAGGCUAUUGCAGUCUUGUAAGAAGGAUAUGGUGAAGCAAAAUGCCAACUAUGACAACAAGAAGGAUACCAAGGUGCAGCAAGAGUCCAAGUACAGUAUGUAUGGUUAUGCCCCGGCCUUACAAUAUUGGGCAUAUGAGGCUAUCCAGCAGCUUGCGACGGAGUUUGUUGUGAGUUCGAGAAACAUGGUCCCGAGGAUGCUUAGUUGGUCACAUCGAAGGAACAAGGAUUUCACCAAGUCCGUCAUCUCACCAAUGUUAUCGAAGAAGAAUGGAAGUUAUAUUUGAUUGACAUUAAACAAUUAUUUUUUUAUCUAUAUGCUUACCUUUUAUGAUUAUUUGAGUUGACCAAAUGUUUUAUGUUGUUUGCAGUUAAUCGUCCUUCCAAUGUUGAUUCCUCGACCAACAGAAAAAGACUAUUAUUUGUCGUUGACAGAGGGAGAUCUUCCCCUUUAUCCUGGGCUUGGCCAGGAUCCCUCGGAGGUUGAUGAGGAGGAGGAUGCGACUUUUGAGAAAAUCGCGGAGAUAGUUUCUCUGGCAGUCGAGGCAGCCAAGAUAUUUGAUGAUGCUGCCCUGGAGGAGGAGGUUGCAGGUCCCACCCCUCUUGUUGCCCCAGCCUCAGCCUCAGCCCCAACAUCAUCCCCAACACCAGCCCCAGCCUUAGCCCCUGAGCUCACCGACUUGAUUGAGUGGUUGGAUAGAGUCGAUGGUCGACAUGAGACCCUCCUGAAGAACCAGUCAGUGAUCCUGGACGUAGUCAGUCAGAUCUUGACGUUUAUUAAGGAGAAACCGAGGGGCUCCAAUGAAGAUUCAGACUUAGAGUCACUGGAUAUUCCUCUGGACUAUGUUGAUGAUCUAACCACGCCUCCUACCAUCAUUGUGACACUUGAUGCUGCAACUCUGGGAGUCAUUAUUGUCAACCUUGAGGAUAUUGCUGGGGUUCGGUUUCAGAGGACUAGACGCAAGCCAUAUUGAUUUGAGGACUACACCGUUCCCACGAGUAAAAGACCUCGCGCUGAUGCAGCUGCACCAGGAUAGGAGGCUACACAGGUGUUGGACCCUCUCAAGAAGCCAGAUCGCAAACAAUAUAAGACAAUGUCCAAGUGGCUGCUUGGAGGCAUCCCCAACAAGACCCCGAGGGAUGUAAAGACUGGAAAUCACGGUCCAGCGUGGUUUCUGACAUGGAAGACACCCUAGUCAUGGCUCAAUGAUGGGGAGCUCGAUGGGGGGUUUCCAGGAUCGAUGUGAAUUCGAUGAGAGCUUGAUAGGCUACACAAGUUAUGUUGUUUACUGUUUGAGAUUAGCUCGAUGUGAGCUGAUAUGGACUCGAUGUUUAGCUCGAUGAGAACUCAGUUUAUUUGUUUAUGCAUCAUUUUUUAGCCAUUUAUGAUGGUCUUUGCUAACUUUUUAUAUCGUCCUCUCUUUGUAGCAUAUUGAUGCGGCAGAACACAUGCUUCGUAUGCUUCGCAAGUAUUUGCCCAAUAUAUAUCGACAAAAUGCAGUUGUGAUGAACAUGUAUUUCUCACAAGUGAUACCUGCCCGAUAUGAUCAGUACAAGAAAAUUGCUGACAAAACAAAGUACACGUGGGAUUCUGACGUUAUGUCCAUGUUGACUGGCAUUGAGCAGCAGUUUCUGGCAUCUUGGGGAGGAGUUGAGGAUGUAUGUUGGUGCCAGAACUAUGGACAACAACAUUAGUUUGCCAUUGAGGCUUCUAUUUCUAGUUGGACCCUCACUGUUUAUGAUUCAGACAACUCGGUGAUUAGUGAUACAAAACUGGAGGAAAUUAUGAAUCCAUGGUGCUUUUUGAUUCCUUCUCUGUUAAUGCAGAGUAAACUGUUCACUGAUAACUUGAUGUUGAAGAUUCCUGCAGUAGGAAAGAGGCCGCAUCAGUUCACAUGGCAUCGCAGACAGAAACACGAGCUCACUCAGUCAAAGAGAAGGUAAGGGUAUGGAGAAGAUCAACCAACCAUGAGUACAGCAGGCAUGAGGUGGCGUGUACAUGUUUGGCCAGCCUGGCUGCCACAGCCAGAGGAUUUUGGGGGAUGUUUGUGAUGAAUUUAGAUUUUGUCGUUUAGCCGACUUAAUACAGUUUUUAUGUUGUAAAUAUUUCUAAACUGUAUUUUGGGAUCCCAAGUGUAAAACUUUUAUGAUUUACUAUGAAAGAUUACUAUCUCUAAUGUUUUUCCUUUGUUUACGGCUUAAUUACACUGUUUGACCUAAAACCUUGAUUAGCGAGUUAAAAGCACGUUUUUAAACUCACUUAGUAACAGUUCUAAGGAAGUAGGGCGUUACAGAGAGGGAGAGAGGGAAGAGAGAGGAAGAGAAGAUUUUAUGAUUUGAAGAUAUAAUUGGAGUGAUAUUUUGGG